UAAACCCCAUGAGAACAUGCGUGCAUCACACAGACCAGCCUUGUCAAUAAGUGACACGUACUCCAACGUCCCAGCACCCCCACUUAUCAGCAACACCUGGCUGGUUCCCAAGAAGCCUCCAAUCAGAUCCCAGAGAAGUCGCAGCAGCCACAGCCAGCUGCCAUGUGGCGAAACAUCAGAUGCACCGCAGAGGUGACACCACUCACCCACACUACCUACAGCUACAAAAGUUUUCUGAGCACUGCUCGGUGAGUCUCCAGUCUUCCCUCAGAGGAAUCGUUUGAAACAUGCUGGUCACUCUGCUCGUCUCCCUCCUGGUGUCUUCUGUGUUUGCCACAGAGAAAGACAGUGCCCUUCCCAGGCUGACCGACACCAAAGCCGUUGAGGCCUUCAUCGACUCGGCUGAUGUUGUGGUCAUCGGAUUCCUGGAGGGAGAGGAGAGUCGAGGCUACCAGGAGCUCGUUGCAGCUGCAAAGCGAGUCGACUCGGUCCCUGUAGCCAUUUGCACUGAGAAAGAGGUGUGGGCUGACCACAGCAUCUCCUCAGACACCAUCACCCUGUUCAGAAAGGUGGAUAACCACCAGGAGAACCUCGUACUUUCCGAUGCUAAGAAGUUAGACACUGACGGUCUUGUGAACUUCAUCACCAUCAACGAGAUCCGAUUCAUCACAGAAUACAGCCAAGUGAAUGCAGUAGGCCUGUUCGGCUCAGAGGUGAAGACACAUCUCCUGCUCUUUGUCAACAGAGGAACGAAACACUUUACAGAGCUCAAGGAGCGACUGGGAGCUCUGGCCCCCGAGUUCACAGGGAAGUUCUUGUUUGUGCUGAUUAAUGGAGCGCUGAAGUCCAACGCCAAGGCAGUGGGCUAUUUCGGCCUAAAGUCCAAGGACCUCCCACGUGUCGGUAUCUAUGACGCUCAGUCUGACAUGAAGUGGCUCCUACCUGAGGGAGAGAUCUCCACUGAGCGAGUACGAGACUUCUGCCAGUCCUUCCUGAAAGGGGAGCUGAAGGAGGUGAAGCAGGCGGGAGCAGAAGCCAAAUCAGAGCUGUAGGCCUCAGAGAAGGAAUGUAAAUGAUCUCAGAUUAAAACAAACAUGGAAAACUA